CCUACCCCCCUCCCCUCCUCCGUCUCGCGCUCUCGGAGUCUUGUGCUCCGAGUUCCUGGUUGGAUAAUUUGGGUUAAUACUAGUGAGUGAGGUUUUCGCGGCUUCAAAGGGUAUUUCAAGUAUCCGGAGCUCCUCCCCUCUGCACCGUGUGACAACAACAACUCGUCCAGCCGGCAGCCUGCACUUUCAGCUCAUUUUCUCUCUGUCAUUCCCCUCUCAAUCUUUGAUCAAUGUACUUGCCAGGGAGAACCCAAGUCCCUCAACCCUCCUCCUUUUCACCUUCAUCCUUAACUUUGUGCUAGAGCGGGACCCACGUACCACCAGCCGACCCUCCCCGUCCCCCCCCACCCCCCCUCCAGAACAGCCCGCGAUCCCAGCCCCGGGAGAGGACUCGCAUUUCGACUUGCGGGACACUUUUGUGCGUUUCUCUCUCGAGCGCCUCUCGCGCUCGCCCCUCCUGCGCUCGCUCUUUUCUUACCCUCACCUCGUUUUUUCCUCCCCUUCUCCCCUCUCUCUUCUCUCCUCUCCCGCCCGGGUUCCUUCCUAUAGUGGUUGUGGUCGCUGCACCCCCCCCCCCCACCUCGAUCCUUGUCCCUCUUUCUCCCCCUUCCCCUCUGGGGGGUGUGUGGCAACUUUUCCCCCUCGCUUCUCCUCCUUCUGUUUCCCCUUAUAUGUGACCAUGGCAGUGCCGGCGGCUUUGAUCCCUCCGACCCAGCUGGUCCCCCCUCAACCCCCGAUCUCCACGUCUGCUUCCUCCUCCGGCACCACCACCUCCACCUCCUCGGCGACCUCGUCUCCGGCUCCGUCCAUCGGACCCCCGGCGUCCUCUGGGCCAACUCUGUUCCGGCCGGAGCCCAUCUCCUCUUCUGCUUCUUCUUCGGUGGCGGCCACAGUCACCUCUCCUGGUGGCGGCGGCGGCGGCAGCGGAGGCGGCGGUGGCAGCGGCGGCAACGGAGGCGGCGGCGGCGGCGGCGGGAGCAACUGCAACCCCAGCCUGGCGGCCGGGAGCGGCGGCGGCAUUAGCGCUGGCGGCGGCGGCGCCUCCAGCACCCCCAUCACCGCGAGCACCGGCGGCGGCAGCAGCAGCAGCAGCAGCAGCAGUAGCAGCAGCAGCAGUAGCAGCAGCAGCAGCAGUAGCAGCAGCAGCAGCAGUAGCAGCAGCAGCUGCGGCCCCCUCCCCGGGAAACCUGUGUACUCAACCCCGUCCCCAGUGGAAAACACCCCCCAGAAUAAUGAGUGCAAAAUGGUGGAUCUGAGGGGGGCCAAAGUGGCUUCCUUCACGGUGGAGGGCUGCGAGCUGAUCUGCUUGCCCCAGGCUUUCGACCUGUUUCUGAAGCACUUGGUGGGGGGCUUGCACACCGUCUACACCAAGCUGAAGCGGCUGGAGAUCACGCCGGUGGUGUGCAAUGUGGAACAGGUUCGCAUCCUGAGGGGACUGGGGGCCAUCCAGCCCGGAGUGAACCGCUGCAAACUCAUCUCCAGGAAGGACUUCGAGACCCUCUACAAUGACUGCACCAAUGCCAGUUCCAGACCUGGAAGGCCUCCGAAGAGGACUCAAAGUGUCACCUCCCCAGAGAACUCUCAUAUCAUGCCGCAUUCUGUCCCUGGCCUCAUGUCUCCGGGAAUAAUUCCACCAACAGGUCUGACUGCAGCUGCUGCAGCCGCUGCAGCUGCUACCAAUGCAGCGAUUGCUGAAGCAAUGAAGGUGAAAAAAAUAAAAUUGGAAGCAAUGAGCAACUAUCACGCCAGUAACAACCAACAUGGAGCAGAUUCUGAAAAUGGGGAUAUGAAUUCAAGUGUUGGCAGCAGUGGUGGUUCUUGGGAUAAGGAAUCACUGCACUCUUCCCCAUCCCAGGGAUCUCAGGCGCCUGUUACCCAUGCCCGCAUGCCUGCAGCGUAUAACCUUCCAGUUAGCCAUCCUCUCAACCAUCUGCAGCACAGCCACCUUCUGCCAAAUGGACUGGAACUUCCUUUUAUGAUGAUGCCCCACCCUCUAAUUCCUGUAAGCCUACCUCCAGCUUCUGUCACCAUGGCAAUGAGCCAGAUGAACCACCUUAGCACCAUUGCAAAUAUGGCGGCAGCGGCACAAGUUCAGAGUCCUCCAUCUAGGGUGGAAACAUCAGUUAUUAAGGAGCGUGUUCCCGACAGCCCCUCACCUGCCCCCUCUCUUGAGGAGGGCCGAAGGCCUGGCAGCCACCCAUCAUCCCACCGCAGCAGCAGCGUCUCCAGCUCCCCUGCACGGACCGAGAGUUCUUCCGACAGAAUCCCUGUCCAUCAGAAUGGAUUGUCCAUGAACCAGAUGCUGAUGGGUUUAUCACCAAAUGUGCUUCCUGGUCCAAAGGAGGGAGAUUUGGCUGGUCAUGACAUGGGGCAUGAGUCAAAAAGAAUUCACAUUGAAAAAGAUGAGACCCCGCUUUCUACACCAACCGCAAGAGACAGCAUCGACAAACUUUCUCUAACUGGGCAUGGACAACCAUUACCUCCAGGCUUCCCGUCUCCCUUUCUGUUUCCUGAUGGCCUGUCUUCCAUAGAGACCCUUCUCACUAACAUACAGGGCCUUUUGAAAGUUGCCAUAGAUAAUGCCAGAGCUCAAGAAAAACAGGUCCAACUGGAAAAAACAGAGCUGAAGAUGGAUUUUUUAAGGGAAAGAGAGCUACGAGAGACACUGGAGAAGCAGCUGGCCAUGGAACAAAAGAAUAGAGCCAUUGUCCAAAAGAGGCUAAAGAAGGAAAAGAAAGCUAAGAGAAAACUGCAGGAAGCACUGGAAUUUGAGACAAAACGCCGUGAGCAAGCAGAGCAGACGCUGAAACAGGCAGCUUCUGCAGACAGUCUCAGGGUCUUAAAUGACUCCCUGACCCCAGAGAUAGAAGCUGACCGCAGUGGCGGGAGACCAGAUGCCGAAAGGACAAUACAAGAUGGAAGACUGUAUUUGAAAACUACCGUCAUGUACUGAAUCUUUCCUGUUGAAGAAAUCCCUCCUUUAUUACAGAACUCUGGAGUCAGACAUUACUCGUUGGAAAGUUCAGGAAAACAUAAACAGUCCAUAUAAAGAAACUUCUUCAAUUUUGUGUGUUAAUGUUCUUUAACAUUUAAGUACUCCACAAAAGCAGAAAAGUUUCCGGCAUUGAUUUUUCCACCUGUGGUUCAUACCAGAGACUGAAAAUGUUUAUAAAUGUACACACACCAAUCUUCUUACAGCUAAUAACUCACCUGUGCUGCUGGACACUUGUGUACAGAGUUAACCAUGGGUCUGAGGAAGACCUAGCUUUGGUUUGUUUUCUUUUUGUUCCUCUUAAUGGAAUGAACCACUUUUUCCUUUUCUGAAAAUUCUGUAACUGAGUGCAUCAACAGACUUUAUCGCAGUGUUCACCCAGACUUACAGAACUGUGUCCCAUGGAAACCAGCAAGAACACAUGGUGAUGAAUCUGUAAGGGGCGCUGAGGAUUCUGGUGGGGAAUGAGAGAAGUGAGAGUAUUCUGUUACGUUCAAUUUUAAACUCUGUAAUUGCGGAUUUUCUCCCGAAAACUUUUUUCAUAUACUUUCUGAAAGACCAACAAAUGUAUGUUAACAGCUCAAUGAAAUGACAUUUUGCAAAUCUGAAGCAGAAGCAUUGACAAUAAGCCAAAAGGUUUCACUGGUGGUCUCUUUUUCUUAAAGAUUAAAAAAAUAUAUAUAAAUAUAUAUAUAAAUAUAACAUGUUUUCAUUCCAAACUGGUAGUGGUAUAUAGGAUUAAAAACAAUAACGUUGCUUCUUACUCAAACUGUUGGUCACAUGUACAGUAUAUAAACAUAAAACUCACAGGAAGGUAUUAUGUAUGCAGUAGUAUACUAGUGUUUAGGAAAUGAAAAUUUUAGAAAAUAUGUUUUGUCACCCUGUUGGUCAGAAAGACGUCUUUCUGGUUUUAACGCAUGCAGGCAUGUAAAUAUUUGUCUGGAGUCACAGUAUUAAUGAAUGAGAUCUUAUGUAUCUGGUGACAUCAGAACUUUGUGUCGGCCACUUUUAUUUGUAUAUUGAUCCCUAGUGAGUGCCCCCAACUUCACUACAGAGGAUGAAUUGUGGCUGGCCAGUAAAUCAAAACACCAGAGAUAUUUUUAUAUGUUAAUGUCAUAUUAUGUUAAUGUUGCUGAAAAACAAAACUCAACAAGCCCUUGGUGUAUUGGUCCGAUACCAUGUAGCCCUGAGUGAUGAAGCUAAACUGUGCUGUGCUUCCCACCCUCUUCAGAGGGAAGGGUGGCUUCGUGUUAUUUUUACUGUCUUUUUGAAAGUUACAGUAUGUGUUUUCACAUUUGUGCAUAUAACUGGAAGGAAAGCUGCAAACAGUGCUAUUCCAUGCUGAAGUUACCUUUGUUUUUACACGAUGGAAGUGACACUUCUAAAGACUCAUGGGAAUCAGUGCAGCGGCUGUACAUUUUAUGGUUUUUCUGUCAUCUUAAAAUUUUAUAAUGUAACAUUUUUAUUACCAUAAAACAACAAAGUAAUAAGUCUGAGGAAGCUAGCUUCAGUGUUUAAAGAUAGUUCUGACUGGGUAAUCACUAUUUGGUUAAGAAAAAAUUUCCCAUUAUGGAUAUGUGUCACUAUGCUUCUGUGCUUUUUAGGUCUCCCUUGAAGUUCUGAAACAUAACGAAUUCUUGGCUGUAACUUGCUAUUAACCAGUUAAGUCCAUUUUUCAUACAAUAAAGGGUUAUAUGUACAGUUCUUCUUUUAGCUUGCUUUAAAAGGGAGUAAUGUUUUAAUUUAAAAUAUUGUUAGUAACUGCUUUGUAGAAACUUGGUUUGCUGAGCAUAAUUCUUCCAUGAUCAUGUUUUGUUGUUUGAGGAAAAGAGAUUCUAUUCCUACUUACAUGUAUUUUUGUUUGUUUUUCCCCUACAUACAGUCCUUAAAAGAUUACAACACUUAAAAUUAGAGGGACUUGUGUCAAGCUUUGGAGUCAUACAUUGGCAGACUUUUUUUUUUAAGCCUACAAUUUACAUAGGUAGUCGAGUUGGCCAUUGCUCUGCUCGUGGCCUGGAGUCACCUGUUAAGUGGGGUAAAUGGUUUUAAAAUACAUACAUGAAAGACCACUGAGAAUGCUUUAGUGUUUGGUUCAACAAAAAGAAAAUUUUAGAAGGAUUGGAGACAAAAGCUGUCCACUGUAUGUUGAGACUCUUAUUAAUCUGUUGUAAAUAUUACAGUUCACAAAAUGUUAUUGUAAGUUUGUAACUUAAUUUCCCCCUUUUUAGUUAAGCGGGUUUGUUUAGAAAUUUGUGUUUUGGUGUAAGCAAGUAAAAUUCUGUCCACUUUAUUGUUUCCAUGCUUUUGUAAUCUUACAAAUAUUAACGUCUAGUUGUUCUAUAUUAUAACCAUAUUUGCGCUCUAUGCAAGCCCUUGGAACAGAACAUACUCAUCUUCAUGUAGGACCUAUGAAAAUUGUCUAUUUUUAUCUAUAUAUUUAAAGUUUUCUAAAAAUGAUAAAAGGUUAUUACGAAUUUUGUUGUACAAAAUCUGUACAAAAAUCUGUUUUUACAUCAUAAUGCAAGAAUUGGAAAUUUUUCUAUGGUAGCCUAGUUAUUUGAGCCUGGUUUCAAUGUGAGAACCACGUUUACUGUUAUUGUAUUUAAUUUUCUUUUUCUUUUCAACAAUCUCCUAAUAAAAAUGUCUGAAAUCGCCUUGUGACUUUA